UAGCGCUGCUAGUGGACAAUCAAACCUACACACCCACCACCAGACAGACUCGCAUUUCUCAUUUCUUACUUCUAGUCUAAAUUAGAUAGCAGGACGUAGUGUCGGAGCUCACAAGAUCGCAGAGAAUUAGUUUGAAGCAUUAGCAUUAGUUUGACAGUGAAGCCGAGAAAAGGAGAGAAAAAAAUCAACAUGGAGUCCCCUCCAGAUCCAGCGAGCGACCCGGGCAACAGCGCUUCGGAGCCGGCUACCCCGGUCAGGGAAACCCCGGUAAACCUGGAGACGCUCCGGAAAGCGGACCAUCCAGCCCCGGUUCGAAAGCAGACCUGCUCAAGCACCAACAGAGGAAUCUCAGUAACAAAGAAGACACACACUUCUCAAAUCGAAAUAAUUCCCUGCAAGAUCUGUGGAGACAAAUCAUCAGGCAUCCAUUACGGUGUGAUAACAUGUGAAGGCUGUAAGGGCUUCUUCAGGAGGAGUCAGCAGAGCAAUGCAGCGUACUCCUGCCCCCGUCAGAAAAACUGCUUGAUCGACCGCACCAGCCGCAACCGCUGCCAGCACUGCAGGCUGCAGAAGUGCCUGGCAGUGGGAAUGUCACGAGAUGCGGUGAAGUUUGGCCGCAUGUCAAAGAAGCAGCGAGACAGCCUGUACGCUGAGGUCCAGAAGCACCGGCUGCAGCAGCAGCAGCGAGACCACCAACAGCAGCCCGGAGAGGCAGAGCCGCUAACACCUAGCUACGGCCUCUCAGCCAACGGCCUAACGGAGCUACACGAUGACCUCAGCGGUUACAUGGACGGCCACACUCCUGAUGGCAGCAAGCCUGACUCGGCGGUCAGCAGCUUCUACCUGGAUAUCCAGCCGUCCCCUGACCAGUCGGGCUUAGACAUCAACGGCAUCAAGCCGGAGCCCAUCUGCGACUUUGCCCCCGGCUCUGGCUUUUUUCCCUACUGCUCCUUCACCAAUGGCGAGACCUCCCCCACUGUUUCCAUGGCUGAACUAGAGCACCUCGCCCAGAACAUCUCAAAGUCACACAUGGAGACAUGCCAGUACCUGAGAGAGGAGCUGCAGCAGAUGACCUGGCAGGCUUUCCUUCAGGAAGAGGUGGAGAGCUACCAGAGCAAGCCCCGGGAAGUCAUGUGGCAGCUGUGUGCUAUCAAAAUAACAGAGGCCAUUCAGUAUGUGGUGGAGUUUGCCAAGCGCAUCGACGGCUUCAUGGAGCUGUGUCAGAACGAUCAGAUAGUGCUGCUGAAAGCAGGCUCUCUGGAAGUUGUGUUUGUCAGAAUGUGCCGUGCCUUUGACUCGCAAAACAACACAGUCUAUUUCGAUGGAAAAUAUGCCGGACCUGAUGUGUUCAAGUCAUUAGGCUGUGACGACUUGAUCAGCUCCGUCUUCGAGUUUGGGAAAAACUUGUGUUCUAUGCACCUGUCUGAGGAUGAGAUCGCCCUGUUCUCUGCUUUUGUGUUGAUGUCUGCUGUGAAAUGUCAUCCUCCAGACCGAUCCUGGCUUCAGGAGAAGGUGAAAGUGGAAAAACUCCAGCAGAAGAUCCAACUGGCUCUUCAACAUGUUCUGCAGAAGAACCACAGAGAGGAUGGCAUUCUUACAAAGUUGAUAUGCAAAGUGUCGACACUGCGAGCGCUGUGCAGUAGGCAUACAGAGAAGCUCACGGCUUUCAAAGCAAUAUACCCAGACAUUGUGCGUGCCCACUUCCCCCCCUUAUAUAAGGAGCUGUUCGGAUCAGACUUUGAGCAGUCCAUGCCCGUCGAUGGGUAACGUGCGCGACCCCCUCCCCCCUCCAGGUGCAGGUGCGCCCAAUGUUUGAGGGGGAGGGGAGCUGGGGGGGACGUGGAGGAGGAAUCUGAGACACUUUACUGGUGCCCUGCACAAAACCGGAGUGGACAGAUGGCACGCUGUUCAACUUUAUUUUCCUCUUGGUUUUCUUUUUUUUUUUUUUCUGUUUUUUUUUUUUUUUUUUUUUUUGCAGUGGAGGGGGGAGGGCAUUGGGGAGCUGAUUGUCAAGGUUUACUAUGUUGAAUUUAAGUCUCAAAGGAAGACACAACAGAACCCUAGCGGGACAUGAAGAGGAGAUAGGAACAAAUGAUUUCUGUUCGGCUGAACUUGGCCUUCCUAUGCACUUUUUGAAGAAAAAAAAUAUAUUUUACCAGUGCUCUUUGCUUUUAACAUGAUGUGGGAGAAAAAGUAUAAACAACACUUAAAAAUAGACCACAUCAGUAUUAUCUUCCAGAUUUGCACUCCUUGAACAAGUUUUAGUAUUUUCUCAAUCAAAUCUUUGUAAUGUCUAAUUUCCAGAAUUAAAUUGUGUAAGAAAUGUGCACACUUUGGUCAAGUUCAGCCAUUUUUCCUCCUUUUUGUUUUUUGUUUAAGAAGCAGCGCUCGAAAUGAAAACUCACAGCAACUUUCUGGGAGGUUUCCGUCGGCAUGGUGAUGCAUUCGGCUCCUCUUUAAGGACAAUCGAUUAAAAAGGAAAAAAAAAAGAGAAAGAAACCUAGAAUUCUGGUAAUUCUUAUAAAAACGCAAUGAUUUUAGCUGUCAAGGACUCCAUCCACCAUUGUUGCAUAGUGAAAAUCAUGUAAGGCCAUCUGCUAUUAAUCCUUCUCUGGACAGGUGCCCUGAAGAAGCCCGGGGCACCGACGCAAUGAAAAGGCUCCAUUCCACCUGUUUUAUAAUGUACUACAGGGUAUAUGGUCAUAAGUACUUACUAUACAGAAAAAAAAUAAUGUUUAUAGAAUCUAUUUUAAAUAACAUGUAUGAUAUUAGUAGUUAGACCAUUCUUAAUUGUUGAAUUGAUAAGGCACUUUUAUUUACACCUUUGUUUAAUUUAAGACUUGUAUAUUUACCUAGUGAUGUGUUGCAUGUGCACAAGAAGUACAAGCUGAAUCAUGAACACAGAGGUUACUUUUGGGAGCUACAAAUGGUUAUUUGGCCUGGAAGUGUUUGGAGGGGGGUGGUUCCGUUAGGCUGGCCAAUGAUGCUGCUGGACACCGAUCAAUGAGGCAUGGAUUAGGAGGCAAGCUAAAGACACUCCUUUAUUAUUAUUAUUUUUUCUGCAGCAACUACAAAUGCAUUCUCAUCUAAAUGAUGUGUUCUGAAUAUUAGGGAUAGCCUCUGAAUGCUAUUAAAUUCUGAAACCUUUUGGGUUACAGAAGUUUGCAGAUAAAUUCUAAUUUGACAGACUGCACAGAUAUUGUUUAACAACCAUAAAUGUAUAUAUAGUUUUUGCAAUCUGGUCAAAGUGGAGAAAACACAUUGAGAUUAUAAUCCAACUGUUCCACCUAGUGGAAGGUAAAAAUAAAACAAGCAAACAUGGCAGAGGUGCACCUACCACCCUAAAAGCACACCUGCAGUGCAUUGCAAAAAUGAUUCAUACUCCUUGAACUUACUUUAGACAACAUUUUAUCAUGUAACAAUUCUUUGAUGCAAUCGUGAAUGUAUUUUAUGUGGUAAGCCAACACAAAAUGAAAAUAAUUGUGAAGAGUGAGGACAGUGAUGCAAGUUUUUAAUCAAAGACUAAAAAGUGUGGUGUUCAGCUUCUCCGUUGCAAUAGGUCUGAACUUUACAAACUUGACUGGACCAUUUUAUCAUUUGGAAUAUGCUGCCCUGUUGGACGGUCUGAAGUCUUCAGCAGCCUCUAACUGUUUUUUUUUUGUUUUUUUUCAGCAUUGGCCUGUAUUUAGCUCCAUCCAUUUUCUCAUUUAUUCUGGCCUUCUGUCUCCUAAAACACAUGCCCACAGUAUGAUGUUGCCACCACCAUGCUGGGAAGCUGGGCUCAGUGUGAUGAAGAGUUAGUUCUGGGCAUCAGUUAGUUUUUGUAACUUUGUCAUUAGGUGUGAAAGAUAAUAGCUUUCUUUCAACAACCGCUUUUGUUCUGGCACAUUUCCAUAAAGAUAAACCACUUUGCCACAACUUUAUGGCUGGCCAGUCCUAUAUAAUAUUUUGUCUUCUCUAAAAAAACAUCUAUUAGCUUUGUCUUAGAUUAAUUAGGCAAUUUGAUUUUAUGUAAUUGUAUUAGGAAAGAAAUCCGCUACAAAAGAAUUCAGAUUAUUCUUUGUAUAAAAGUUUGAAGGGUUCACUGCAACAUUAAUGGUCCAUCACAUAAAAUGCUAAAAAAAAAAAAACACAUUGACAUUUUUUUACUAUGACUGGACAAAAAUAAGACAAAAACAGAGUUCAAGGGGUAUGAGGAUCAGUCAAAAGUUUUGUUUUUCUUAUAUAAAAUGAGUGACUUUUUGCCUUCUUACCAUCGCCUCAGCUUGGCAGCACCUUAACGGAACACGAAAGAAAACAGCUAGGAGAAAGUGAAUAUUCAAAGCCUUGUCUGGUCGUAAAGCUUCUAUUUUUGUAACUCGUUUUGGUUUUAACAAACCCAUGAAAGAGGAUGAGGGAGAGGACAAAAAAAGAUGUCAGGUAGCACUUAACUGUAUCCCUGCAAUAAUUAAGACUCGCUGUUGUUUGUACAAUUAGGAGAGGGAAGUAUAUUUAAAAAAAACAAAACAGAAAAGCGGUAGGACAAGUGCUAUUUUCAGAACGCUUUGUUGUUGUGCUUCUGUUUUUGUUGAGUGUGUCUUUCUUGUCAGUGUGGUGAUAAAAAGUGUUAAAACAAAAACAAAAAACCCUGGAUGUGCCAAACUGUAGUUGUUGCUUCCGCUUUCCAGUCUACUUGCUUAAAAUGUAGAAUGGAUUCUGAAGACAUUCCAGCAAUCUCGGUAGCAACUCCUUAAAUAUCUUAAAAGAAAAGGAAAAAUAUCCCUUUAGAAAACCCAGCAAAGCGUGUUAAUACAUGUGUCACUAACUGUCAAGUUUCUCCUGGUUUGAUUUCACUGUGCAUUCCCAACUUGAAAAGGAUGAUCUUUUUUGUGAAAUAUAACUGGGGUUCACUCAAGGAGUCUUCAUUUUAGUUAUAUUUAUUUUUAUAUGAUGCUCCAAUCAUACAGGUGAAAACCCUCAAAAGAAACAGAAACAUCUAAAUUACAUCGUGAACUCAACAGGACAAAUACACUGUGAAAACUCAAAAUAAAUUUCCACUGAUUUAAAUCAUUUAAUUCUACAGUAUAAUAAAUUAACAUUUUCUAUCAAUAUGUUCUGC